AAAGAAUGAUGGGAAAUGAAGGGGGCGUUUUCUUUAGCUUCUUUAAAGCGGUAGAUUUCCAACAGUUUAAAGACAGUUUAUGCUAUCAAACGUUUGCAUCUCUGUAAAGUCGAUUCCUUGGCUCUUAAGGAUUAGUAUUUUUCGUUCACCUGGAUUUUUUCAGGAAUAAGCGGUGGACAGUUCAACAAAAUAGAUGAUAAAGCUACAUAGCUAACGGUUUAUGUAGCUGAAGUUCGGCUAUAUUGUAUAUUACGGUACCUUUGACUGUGUCAGAAGGAGGUCAGAGGACAACAACAUUCAAUUCAGCAGGCAAACUGUCAAUAUUUAUUAUUUUUAGGUUAUUUUAAGUACAGAAAAUAUGCCAGCGAGUCGUAUAGAUGUUUCGGUAUCGGCGUGUGUAGCGGUGUUAACAGGAGUCAUGCAGUGAACGUCUAAUAACAGUUUAAUCUUCAGACCCAGGUUGUUCUUAUGGCUUCUUUAGUGACCUCCUCACUCAUGUCACCUGUCAGACUUUGCUGUUUGUAUCGGAGUUUGUGUUCUGGUGUAAAUAGGACGAUCUUUGCAAAUGGUUUUGGUCCGAGGACUUUGUUUCCAGCUGAAGGUGCAGCACCUCUGUUCAGACAAAUUCACUUAUUCCGAUGCACUGGGACCCGAGGAUUUUUCUCCAGUGGCGGUGGUGCAUUUGACAAACAGCAGACUCUUGAGGACAUUGCCAAGAAGAUCCAAGAGAAGCAGUACAAGAGGGUUGUUGUGAUGGCUGGAGCCGGGAUCAGCACUCCCAGUGGUAUCCCUGAUUUCAGGUCUCCAGGUAGCGGUCUCUAUGACAACCUGCAGCAGUAUGACCUACCUUACGCUGAGGCCAUAUUCGAGAUUGGCUUUUUCCACCGAAACCCUAAUCCCUUCUUCGCCCUGGCUAAAGAACUGUAUCCAGGAAACUACCAGCCCAACCUGACGCACUACUUUGUGCGUCUGCUUCAUGAGAAGGAUCAGCUGCUUAGGAUGUACACGCAGAACAUCGACGGACUGGAGAGACUGGCAGGGAUUCCUCCGGCGAUGCUGGUGGAGGCCCACGGGACGUUCGCCACGGCCACCUGCACUGCAUGCCUGAGGAAAUACGAGAGCGAAGACCUCAGACCAGAUGUGAUGAGCGGGACGGUCCCCAAGUGUCCCACCUGUAAGGGCGUCGUAAAACCCGACAUCGUGUUUUUUGGGGAGGAGCUUCCACGUCACUUCUUCAAAUACCUCACAGACUUCCCACUGGCAGAUCUUCUGAUCAUCAUGGGAACUUCACUGGAGGUGGAGCCCUUUGCCAGUCUGGCCGGAGCUGUGCGAGGUUCUGUUCCCCGUCUUCUCAUCAACAGGGACUUGGUGGGACCGUUUGCCUGGAGCCGCCGGCCUCAGGACGUCGUGCAGCUGGGAGACGUGGUCAGCGGUGUGCAGGUUCUGGUCGAUGCCCUCGGCUGGACUCAGGAGCUGGAGGCUCUGAUGGCGGCCGGCGCUAAGAAAACUGUGACAAAAACCGAAGAAUGAGAGGAUUUAACUUCACCACAGCUGGAGGUUUGACUCUAUUCACUGCACUCAAACACCCAAACUGCAGGAUAACAUCUAACUGACUUAUUUUUGCUCAUGUUUUCCUGAGAUUCUUGUCUUGAAACUGAUAUCACUGAUCAGUGGAAACUCACAGACUGACAAAUCUGGAACUGCUGCAAUGGAAAUACAAUACAACUGAUCAAUGAUUGUCAGUUAAAUGUCAUUAAAAAAGCAGGUAAGUGAUGAAGAGCAAUAAUGUGGAAAAAUCACACUGGGGUCUAUUUUUCUUUGCAAAAAGAAAAUGUUCAAGAUAUACUUCUGUUUGCUGAGUUUUAUGUGCAAUAGAAUACUUUCUAGAGAUGACUGUCAUGUUGAUCUGUAAGUACUAUAUGCCAUAAUGCACAUAUUUUAUUUAUAAGCCUCUAGUUUCUUCAAAUAUUGUGCUCAAUUUAUGCAGGAAAAAAUGUGUCCUUGAUCUUGAAUCAAAUAUUUAAUUCCACUAAACCAGCCACUUUAAUUAUGUUUUUCUGGAAUUACAAUGUAACGGCUAAAUAUGUCAGCAUUAAACAAUGAAAAUACAUCAAAUUGAAAAAGAUAAUUUUGCAUUUCAGGUUUUUGAGGACGGAUUCCAACAUGGAGAAAUUCAGCUAAUAUGAGUUUUAGUCAGGAUGCCAGUUUUAAUUUAAAUGUGUUAAUUUUUUCUUGCAUAGAGAGAUGCAUAUAUACAUACACUUUAUUGUACCACUGGAAAACUUGUUUUUGGCUCAAAGCCACUGAAUCACACUGUGCUUUUGUCAGCAACGUCAUCACAAAAGUACUUGGAGAAUAAAAAAGUGCCUAAUUUCACCCACAAAAAAGUUACAGACAAUAAAAAGUAAUAGAAGAACAGUAAUUUUAAAUGUUAAAGAGUUGUUGUGACUAUAAACACAUGAAUAUGGAUAAAAAACACACUAAUAAAUACUCAAGCCACUCUUUGUGAAACCCAGUGAAAUCAGAGUUCUACAUGUUCAUAUGUAAUAUUUUGAUGUCGGACGGCAUGAAUGCAUUUUCAGAUCAGUUCAGUUUCUUCUUUGGCAUCUUGAACCUUCUGUCUGAUGUUUUACACCUCAGAUUUUAGAUUCAGAAUGUGAUUCAUAUCUUACAGAUUCUUCUAUGCCUUCCUCAAUGCAGAUUUUUUUUUUUUGUAUAGAGAUUGAAAGUAGUUCUUAUCUGACCGUGCUGACAGUUUUCUUUACAUGUCUGCUUUAUUAAAUUAUACCUUCUAAAAGGUUUAUUGCUUAGACUAUAGAGUCUGAGCCCUAUCAAAAAAUGCAUCCUCUUCUGCAGGCUAAAGCAAAGGUUACACCAAAAUAUUUAUAUAAAUGAACCGGAUUUAUAUGUACGUUGUGAAUAAGACCGAGACUAUGAUCAAUAAUUACCUUUAAAUUGAAUAUCGUCUCCUCAAAUCCACAGACUGUUUGAUUUCAGAGUGACAAAAUGAUGUGUUUUGAUCUCUUUGCAGUAAUAAAUGGUGUCAUCAGACAUUUUCACAAUAUAAUUUUAAGGUGUUUUUGCUCAAACAUCCAUUGUUUUAUAAAGUGAAGACAACUGGAGAGCUUACACACCCCUAAACUAGUAAGCUUGGGGCCAGAUGUUACUUGUUUACUUUAACUUGUUGGACUCUGUUGAUUGAAAAAGAAAAAUAUGACAAUACACAA